AUGUCUCGCUCAACUCUGGACCAUCGAUCCUCCACCAUCCCCGACUCCGUCACUUCAGUCGUGGAUCCCACGCUCUACGCGUUCGCUUUCACGAAACCCGAUUUCGACUCCAAAGCACGCUCCUGGACUGCUCCUCUCCGGGACGGGCUGCCCACCCCUCCAACCGACAUGACCGGUAUUGCCUACAAUGCAGUGCCGCCAACAAUCUACGGAGGCCGAGGGCGCGGCACAUCCUCUCACAUCUACAACCCAGCCCGCUCAUACAAUGACCCAGCUCCCUCAUCCUCCGAUAUCUCGUUGAAUCCUCAAACUGCGUUUACUCGCUCCAACGUCCCCCUCGCCAAAGAAGCUUCCGUCUCGGCCUCGGAAACCACAAGUGACAAGAAGGCAUCGACCUCUGGUGCUAAUUUCGCAUUGCGUGUGCCUUCGACGAUCAACAACAGCAAGGGGAAUUUGGCGGAAUUUGCUGCCCAGAUGACUUGUUUGUUCUGGUUCGAGAAAACCUCCAAACUCCAGGACAUUGAGGAACGUCGCCCUACUUCGCCGAGUCUGGUCCCGGAGGCCAUUCCGACCAUUGGAUUUCAGAAAUGGGUCGCUUCAAUCCUCUCGACCACCCAAGUCAGUCAGAAUGUGAUUCUACUGGCCCUUCUCUUCAUCUACCGAUUGAAGAAAUUCAACUCGGGCGUCAAGGGCAAGAAAGGCAGCGAAUUCCGGUUGAUGACGGUUGCGCUGAUGCUGGGCAAUAAAUUCUUGGACGACAACACUUACACGAACAAGACGUGGGCCGAGGUCUCGGGCAUUGCCGUGCAGGAGAUUCAUAUCAUGGAGGUGGAGUUUCUGAGCAACAUCCGCUAUGAUCUGUACGCUUCGAAAGCCGAGUGGUUGGAAUGGCACGCCAAGCUGGGUCUCUUCGGCGAGUACUUUGAUCGAGCUUCAAAACUUGCUGCGGAAGGAGAGAAUCAUCUCAGGAUGCGCACAUCUCCCCCACGUCUUCAUGCACCGCUGUCUUUGGCAAAGCUCCCUUCUCCUCCGCUGGAUCAAUGCCGGUCGCACUCUCAGCCCCAGCCGCGCCUCACGACUCCAUUGUCUGGACUGCCAUAUCCGGGAUACCCGCACUCUACUGAGAUUGCCGCCAACACACCUUUGAAGCGCGGUCGCGAUGACAGCGAUGAGCUUCAUCCCGCCAAGCGAAUUGCAUUCUCUUCGGCUCACCACACUCCGUCAUGCAUGGCAACCUCCGCUGUCAUGCCCACGCUUCCACCAGUCUUGACCCCAACAUCUGCGCCGGCUGCUCAUGGACUGACCCCGACACACAUGUCCCGUCUGCCCAUGCCCAAUAUUCCUCUGGGUUCGGGCUCGCUCCCUCAAUCUCUGCCGGUGACCGCCAUGUCUCAGCUGCCAGCGCCAGCGCUGAUGCAGCCAGCCUACCCUCCGGCUUCGAGUUGGCCCCAGCAGAUGUCCUCGACCUCCAUUCCUUCAUCAGUUGCUCCGCCUAUCUACAGCGCUCCACCUGUCCCAGACAUCAGCCGUCAUCAUCAGGGCUCUCUCGGAGUCGCAUCCGCCACAGUGUCUCCAGCUGGAUCCGCUUAUUCUGUUCACACUCCGCAAAAGCACCUUUCUCCAUCCUACUUCCUUGCGAACCGCAACUCCCCUUACCGACCUGUGCACUCGGUGCACACUCUUCUGAUUCCCCCACCCUCGGCCUCUAUGCAACAACACCGCAGUGUUCCAUUCGAUCACAUGCAUUACCAACCUCUCGGCAAAUCAUUGGCCGAUCGCAAGACCGGACAACUGCCAUACUUCUACCCAGACAGCUGGAAUCAACCCCAUGUUCAGCCUUCCUUUCCACCGGCUCGCUUCUCUGGCUGA